AGCUAGCGUGACGCCGUCCCUGGGUAUCGGCAGCUGAGGGAGGCUUAAAGAGACAACAGGAAAAUCAUAGCAACUUUAGGGGAAGAGAAAUGAGAAAGACACCCACGAACGAAGAACCAUGACUUCGACAACGUUUCGAUAGCUACACUUUAAAGAUCUCCAGCUGACAUCAAACCCAUCCGUUACCUGUCUUCCUCGACGCUGUUUCCUCUAACUCUGGGUUGCCCCGUCUGCUUUGGCCUCGCAACAUGGAGAGUGUCCACUGUGUCACUAAAGGCUGACUAGAAGGAAUGAGGCACUCCAGGAGAUGUUCCCAAGUGGCCUUGUGGAUGCAGUAGCUGGGUUUCGGAGUGCUUUUUUAUGACUAGUAUUGUAUGUGUGUCUGUGGGCACAUCCUAGCACAACCUGCCUAUUCCUCAGGCAGGGACAUGCUACUCUGAGACUGGAGCUGGAGAAACACACAAGGAAGGAGCCCCUCUGGUAAACAAGGAACACAAAGAAAAAGGGAAGCAUUCAGAAAAAGAGCUGUCUGAUAGACACACGGGGCACUUAAGCUCAUUUAAGUGUCUUUUGAACCAUUGCACGUUUUAACAGCAUCACCUUUCCUCUGUCCUGUGAGCUCUGUCCCCCUCCCUAAAGCCUCCUCUGUCGUUGUUACUGGAGUUUCUAUGGUUUGCAUGGCUGGAGAAUAACCGUGGAGAGGCCAGGGUAUCACAAGCUUAUGGAUUUUGACAAGAGAGGGGGCAAGGGAGAGACAGAGGAAGGGAAAAAGAUGUCUAAGACAGCAGGCAGCAGGACUGGGCAUGGGGGCCGGAGUUCAGGGACCAAUUCUGGAGUUCUUAUGGUUGGCCCAAACUUCCGUGUGGGUAAAAAAAUCGGGUGCGGGAACUUUGGAGAGCUGCGGUUGGGAAAAAAUCUCUAUACUAACGAAUAUGUGGCCAUCAAAUUGGAACCUAUAAAGUCCAGGGCACCACAACUCCAUUUGGAAUACAGAUUUUACAAACAAUUGGGAAAUUCAGAGGGAAUCCCUCAGGUGUACUACUUUGGUCCUUGCGGGAAAUACAACGCCAUGGUGCUGGAGCUGCUUGGGCCCAGUCUAGAGGACCUGUUUGACCUCUGUGACCGCACCUUCUCCCUCAAGACCGUCCUCAUGAUAGCCAUACAGCUGAUAACGCGGAUGGAGUAUGUUCACACCAAGAGUCUGAUAUACAGAGAUGUGAAGCCUGAAAAUUUCCUGGUUGGGCGGCCAGGAAGCAAGAGGCAGCACACAAUCCACAUCAUUGACUUUGGUCUGGCCAAAGAGUACAUAGACCCCGAGACCAAAAAACACAUCCCCUACCGGGAGCACAAGAGUCUGACUGGGACAGCACGCUACAUGAGCAUUAACACACAUUUGGGAAAGGAGCAAAGCAGAAGGGAUGAUUUGGAGGCACUGGGUCACAUGUUCAUGUACUUCCUCCGAGGUAGCCUCCCCUGGCAGGGCCUGAAGGCGGACACUUUAAAGGAGAGAUAUCAGAAAAUUGGGGACACCAAACGGGCGACGCCCAUUGAAGUGCUUUGUGAAAGCUUCCCUGAAGAGAUGGCCACCUACCUGCGGUAUGUGAGGAGGCUGGACUUCUUUGAGAAGCCUGAUUAUGACUACUUGAGGAAGCUCUUCACUGACCUGUUUGACAGGAACGGCUAUGUCUUUGACUAUGAAUAUGACUGGGUCGGCAAAUCACUUCCCACGCCGAUAGGCCCCAUCCCCAGUGACACGCCCGUGCAGCCCAGCAGUAGAGACAAAGCACAACAGCAGACCAAAAACCAGUCACCCGAGCCCAAAGGAAGUGAGUCUCAGCCCACUCCAGUGACCAAUAAGGAGACUCUGGGGUCGCACCUCACAGCUGAGAGGCUGGGGGGCUCUGUUCAGGUGAUGAGCUCAACGAAUGGAGAGCUGAACACUGAUGAUCCCACAGCCGGACACUCCAACGCUCCCAUCACCGCUCCCACCGAGGUUGAAGUGGCUGACGAAACAAAGUGCUGUUGUUUCUUCAAAAGGAGAAAGAGGAAAGCCCUCCAGAGGCACAAGUGAAAGAAGAGAACGGAGAGAACUUGAAACAUUGUGGUCACUGUCAAGUUUUAAAUGGAAGCAACUACACAGACGCCCUGUCCCUUAUCUCUUUCUAGCUUCCCCCUCACCUCUUUAUCCCUCUCACCUAUCACUCUGUACUCCCCCAACCCGACCCUCUCGCGCUCUCUCUUUCUCGUUCUCAGUGCUCCCCGGCUACUGGAGAGUUAAAGGAAUGUUCACACAACAGACUCUUGAUUCCUUUACCGACGAAAAAUAAACGUACCUGCAUUACAACGGGGGGCUUGAGGAAAAAGUAAAAAAGCUGUAACAAACUCGAAUACCGUGGUGUGAAUAUGAUAUAAGAUACUGUUUUAAACAGUUGUUGUAUUCUAGAUUCCAUAAAGAACGCUUAUUGUUCCAACAGGAUCAGGGGGAACCAUUCGAGUGAAAAGAAAGAAAUUUACUCUUUAGAGAAUUUUUUUCUUUCUUUCUUUCUUUUUCUUUUUUUGGUGUGUGUUUUGGGAUCAAGGUAAAGAGGAAAAGGUGAACUGUGCUCAGUUAAAUCUCAAAGACACAGGAAGCAUUUCAUCUUUAAAACAGAAUUUGGAGGAUUAUUAUGUUUUUUUUCCUUCUUUUUUGUAAUUGAAUCCUCAGUUUUCGAAGACGAAUCCCUGCAUUGAAAACUUAUUUUUAUGUUGUAGUGUUCUGGAGUUCAAUUCUUUUCCUCACUCUGGCUUUCUUUUUUUGUCUGUCAACAUGGACUUUGUAGCACAGUCACUGGCCUCAGGUACUGUGGAAGAUUGAGAGAAACAGAUAUUAAGCUCUCUUAUUAUUAUUGCACUUUUGGAAAAAAAAGAAAACAAUUACAGUGGAAACUUUAGGUUUGAAAUUAACAAUUAAGAAAACAACUUAAUAAAGACUGAUCUAGGAAGA